AAAUUAGGUCUAAUGUCCAGUAGAUAAAUCCUUUGACAAGUCUAAAUCGUAUCAUAACCACAGUUUUUCAGCGUGCCCCAGUUGUCACGUGUAAUGUAAUUUCUGGCGUUGUUUUUGUUUACAGGCGCCGGUUUUGGAUAAAAUAAAGAUGAGCACCUCACUGAGCGAGCAACUCAAGCGCCUGGCUUUGCCCCAAACCUCGCUGUUACAAAGGGACAAGAAACGCCCAUCUUUGCUCUUCGACCCUAAGGAAGCGGCUGGUUUGAAACGUGAGACCGUUUACCAAAUCGGUCUUGACGGUUUAGAAGAAUUGAUCACGAAAAACCCAGUCUUUGAGCAGUUUAAAAGCAACAUUUUUCACAUAACUUCAAAAAAAUUUGAGCGCGCGGUGCAAUCCGCUGACGCAAACAAAAAGUUGGAUAAAGUGAUUAGGAAAUUUCUGCUGCAAUUGUCGCCUUAUUUUUUGCUGAACUGUGCACAUAAGGCGCUUGAAUGGCUCAUAAACAGAUACAACAUUCAUGAAUUUAACAGAGACGAUUUGCUUAUGCUUAUAAUGCCGUAUCACGAGUCGAAUAUUUUCGUUAGAGUGGUGCAGUUGAUGAAAUUCAAGGAUGAGAAUGACAGUUGGUUCUUUUUGAAGUCGAUUCAGAAAACUGGGGUUCAUCUCACUAAACAAAGCCUACUAAACAAGGCAUCAAGUGAUGUUUAUUUCCUAAAAUUUGUGGCCAAAUUCAUCUCUCUGCUCGUGAAGCAAUUUGAAAAACCCUCGUUACUCACCGUCGCUUUCAACUUUUAUUGCACCGUUUUCGUGGGGGCUAUUGAAUAUUCCUCCGAGUUAAAUGAAGCUCAGAUCACUCAGAUGCUACCAGCGCUCCUCAAAGGCCUAAAUUCGGACAUUCCGGAUUUUUGCGCCGCUUCGUACGUUAUUCUGGGACGACUUGUAAUGAAAACGCCGCUAACUGAUGCAAUUUUGGACAAAUUCGUCGAAAAAGUAUCCGUGUCGAAAGUUGAAACUUUGAAAACUGAAUCAGUUUUGACUCUUUUGAUUCUUUGCCAAUCUCAGACUCAUUACACUCAGUUACCGGAAUCGGCUUGCUAUAGUUUGAUUGGGAAAAAUUGGUUACCGAAAGUCUUGCAAGAUUUGAGCAACGGAAAUUGUUUCGUUACCCCAUUUUUGAAGGUUUUGGUCAAGACGUGCUUGUAUGGGGCUGUCAAACUGGACCUGGAGGAGUAUCGCGCUUUUAUGAAGACUCUUCUAGCGGCGAUUAAAUUCGACGACGCUUUCAUGGAAAUAUUUUUAAGUCUUCUUCUCGACCGUACCAAGACCAAGAAACCCUACUCGGAACACCUCCAAAAAUGGCUAACGGAAAUAAUCGAAACGCUCGAACGCCAAUACCCCGACCAAUUCGAUAAAGAAGUCUACAAAAUCCUCUCGACAACGCAACAAGGCAAAGUGAUCAAGCGACGAAAAUCGCUUCAAAAAAUCCUCACCGAAACAAUGAACAUUCGGUGCAAGUUCGACGUUUUGGCCAAGUUAUAUCACCCCAACGUCACAUACCGAAAAGAAGCCAUCAAAUAUCUUGUCAAUAAUUAUGACUCUCUCCGCGACCGUGAAAAAGAAAUGAUCAAAAGCUCGUUCAUUGAUCGCCUGAACGACGACAGCGUGGAAGUCGUUCAUGAAACACUAAACCUGAUCAAAAAUAUAUCUGUUCUGAAGACAGACGCGCUGAAGGACGUUUUGACCAAACUGGCCUACAAGUGCCAGAGCGAUUUGAAGACUUGGGGGUCCGUCUCGACCGAAAUUGUGCUCAUGUUGUGCGAGCAAAGCGAGGCAAACGACUGGGAAACGUUCGUAGCCGUGCUUCCCUACUUAUUACCAAACUCUGAAAAUCAGUUAAGUGCAGCACAAACAAUUGCCGAAAGUUCGUUCUGUCGUAAAAAUUGCUUGCUGAAGAAGAUUAACGCCAAAGGUGAGGAUUGUGCCCAGUUUUGUAACAGCGUUUUUGACUCAAUGCGGAACAACAACAAAGAACUGGUCAACGACUUUAUCGCCUGUAUUCACAAAACGACAGAUCGUUCCGUACUCAGCAAAUAUCUGAUAAUUCUUAUUCUGAGCAUCAUCCUACCUGAAAAUAGCUCAAUUGAGAGCAACAUCACAAUCGUCAAAAUCUUUAUCGAGUUUAUCGAAAAUUGUGAGAUUAAAUAUGAAAAAGGGAACGCUUUUAUGCAAAAACACAUCAGUGUGGCUCGCGCCGGCCAGUUCCACAUCGAAGGGUUUCUACUGUGUUUGAAAAACGUAAUUGUGAAGACACUUAAACCCACGGUUGAGUUGGGCCGAGUUGACUUACAUGAGGACACUGAUUUUAAUCAAUACUUUACUUUACUUGCCACCACUUUACUCAAAAACAAGUCAAACCACAAAAAGUACGUCCACGUUUUUAUUAACUACUUCUGCAAAACGUUCCGAAGCAAAAUAGAGUUUUUAUUAAACUUGGUCAACAGUGGGAAGAGCCAGGAUUUAGAGUUCGUGACCGAAAGUGUGUCACUAAUUGCGAAAUUGCUGUCCAGUGUCAAGGACAGCAACGAAAUGAGUUCGCUUCUCGAGAGUGAUAUUUUUAUCCCCCAACUUCUGGCCUUGUUGUUACACAAAUCGGAAGACGUCAAGCAAAAAAGUUUCCGAAUUGUUGAAAUCUUAACCGAAGUGAAGAACGAUACUUUUGGCCACCUCUUUAGGGAGUUGUUGGACCAAAGGGAGGAGAUUGUUGUUGACAAUGACCAGUUGCCACUCAUCAUGUUUAACUACUUGUCACCUUCUGCAGUCAAAGACACGAAAGUUUCUGGCAAUGCAUCAACGCUUAAAACACUAUUAAUUAAAACAAGCUGUGGCAAAUACCCGGUCUAUCUGAAAUCGAAAAUGUUGGAGCUCCUAUCCCACAUUAACACGAUCGAAAUCUUCGAGGAAACGUCGCACGAUUGCUUGCACUUGCUCAAAACCCAGAGCAAGAAUUUGGACGAAGUCAAGUCAUCGAUAGUCGUCCGAAACUUGCAACGUUGCCAGCCCACAAUCGCCGGAAAUAUCGCAGUGGGGACGUCCAUCUGGACUUUGAUUGAGACGUGUCUCAAAGACUCGGACUUCACUCUCACUGUUGACUCCAAACCGGAGUUUGCAACAGUAUUACUUUUGAAGCAGUUCGAUCGCGAGUUUUUCGCCCAACUGGACGCGAAAGUCGAGACGAAGCUCCUCGACUUGAUCGUCGAAACGGCCACUCUGACCAAAAACCCGGACGUUCUGCCGGCCGUUCGGCACACGAUCAAGGUGAUAGAACUGGACGCGAAGCUAAUUCUGAGCCAUUUCGUCAAAAUGCGAGACGUGCAGUCGCCCAAACUCGACCCCAACAAGCUAAAACGGCGGAUCAGUGUUGUGCCCACUGUGGAUAUUUUGGACACUUUGGACUGGCGCAAGGGCCUGACGGCGCUCGAGUUUAUCCAAGACAAGAAGAAACUGACCAAUAUUGAGGUCCUGUUCCCCGUGUUGUUCGAGAUUUUGAAGAAGUGUCUCGAUUUUGACGAACAGGCGGCCGUGGAGUACCCCAAGCAGUUGAUCCUCUUGUCGAUUCUCUACCUGGGGGAGAAAAUCGAUAGGGAUAGUAUAGGAGAGACUACGUUCAACAUGGAGUUGAUUGUUCAGUGUAUCAGGGCGUCGCAAAACCCGCAGACCCACUAUUGCGCCCUUUUGGUGCUGGCCUUUUCGGCGGAGUUGUUCCCUUCGCAAGUUUUGCACCACAUAAUGGCCAUUUUCACGUUUAUGGGCUCGUCUGUUCUGAGACACGAGGAUGCGUACAGUUUUCAGAUCAUUACGAGGAUUAUCGAUACUGUGAUACCGAUUCUAGUCAAGGAUAAUAAUCCUGAAACUAUAGCCAGGGUUUUGAGGGUUUUUGUGGACGCCCUUCUGGACGUUCCCGAGCACCGGAGGAUGCCGAUUUAUGGGCACUUGCUGACGAAGUUGCAAGUCAAGGACAAUCUUUACAUAUUUUUGUUGCUGAUUUUCGAGUCACACGUUAAUCACAGCCACAGGGACAAAAACAAAGAGGACGAUAUGAAGCGGCUCGAAAUCGCAGCGAGUGUUUGCCGCGAGUUUUCGCCAGAAAUCGUAAUCCAGAAUUGUAUCAACUUGAUGAAAUACUUGAAGGAGUUACCCGACGAAGUCGACAGUGACAACACGAGUUCGCCUUUUGAUAUCCAUUAUAAAACGCCAAAGCAAUUCCGACAUUACAAAUACACUUUAAUUAUUUUCACCGCGAGGUUACUGUCGUCCAAAGAGUUUGUUUUCCAAGUGGCUUCGCUGAAAAACGACGAACUGCUCGACUUGCAGCAGCUGUACAAAGACAUGAUUAUAAACAUCCUGACGUACAUUUACCGCAUUUCCAAAAUUGCGGACAAGAACGCAAACACGCAACACGCCAAGUACUGGAAGGUCAUCCUCCACUUGAGUUACGAUAUCCUGGACAGCGUCAACGCACUGUUAACCCCCCAGAUGUUCUUGUUGGUGGUCAAAGGCCUGAUGCUGCACAACUUCAGCACGAUUCGGAGGCGCAGCAUGGAGUUGUUGAACUCCAAACUGCAGAACAACCCUUCGUUUUUCGACGACUGCACGUCGGAGCAAAUCUACUCGUUAAUCCCGCCCCUCAUUUCAAUCAUUAAGAACGUGGAAGAGGCGCAGAGCGAGAGCGACGACGAGCUGAUCGUGCAAACUGCGCUCCUCUCCUUGAAGCUUCUGACCAAGUUCUUAGUCUCGGACUACCACGAGAAACUGGCCGAGAUUCUCGACUUCGUGACCGAUUUGGCCAAAAGUGGCAAAGUGCAAAACAACGUCCUUGCCUCAGUUUUGCUGUGCUUGGCCGAGCUUUGCACGAACUUGCGGGCACAUGCCAUCCCCAGCCUCCCGAACUUCAUGCCCGCGAUUUUGAGGAUUUUGAAGCAACAGAAGAGUCAAGAAUCGUCGAGUUUGCUCCUCUUGAGUUCGGUCACCACUGUGCAAAAGAUUGUCGAAACGCUCCCACUUUUCCUCAGCCCGUAUCUCGAGAAAUUAUUGUAUGAGCUGUCGCUACUUGCGAGUAACGUAGCCGAGGAGGAACGCCUCCAACCCGUUGUGAAUAAACUAUCAAACUUGAAGCAACAAAUCGGGACUUCCAUCCCCCCACGGGUGUUAAUACCGGUUUUGGGGCAAAGCUACGACCGCCUGAUCACGAAACAGGCGUUUAGCGCUGUGGGAUUUCUGCUCGACACUUUGGCCGAGAAUUUGAACCACUUGAACGGGUCCGAAAUCGGCGCGAAUUUGCCCGAACUGACCAGCUUUUUCCUGAAUGCGCUCCAGUUCAGGACGGAUCAAGACACGACGUUCGAACAGGCCAACGAAGUGGAGGCGCAAAUCGUCAAAGCUUUGACUAAACUGAUCUUGAAACUGUCGGAAAGUACGUUCAAGCCCUUGUAUUACAAACUGUUUGAUUGGGCGGCGCGACACGAGCAGAAAACUGAACGACUUAUCACGUUCUAUGCGCUGUCUAGCGGGAUUGCCGAAGCUUUGAAAAGUUUAUUUGUGCUUUUCGCUGGCCAUUUCCUCAACAAUGCGGCCCAGAUUCUGGAUUCGUGCAACGUCACUAAAACCGACGCUCUCUAUUUCGACGAUGAGAAGAAGAAUGUUCUCUUGUUGGAGAAUGUUUUGAAGACGCUUCAUUCCGUGUUUCUGUACGAUAGUCACAAGUUUGUUAACAAGGACCGGUUUGAGGUUUUGAUGCAGCCGCUGGUGGAUCAGUUGGAAAACACCUUAGGGGGUGUUGGGGGCUUGGAAAGGCGGAAUGGCGAGUUGGUGACGCCGGUGAUUGUGCAGUUUGCGGUGGCAACGGCUGAUGAUUCGUUGUGGAAGCAGCUUAAUUACCAGAUUUUGCUGAAAAUGAAGCACAAUUCGCCUGAGAUUAGGCUGAUUUCGUUGAAUUGUUUGAAGGAGAUGGUGACGAAGCUGGGGGUUGAUUAUUUGCCCUUGUUACCGGAGACGAUCCCAGUGUUGGCCGAAUUGUUGGAAGAUGAGGAGGAAAGUGUGGAGAAGGCGUGCAGGAAGGCGGUCCAAGAGAUGGAGAAGAUUUUAGGGGAGCCAAUUGAAAAGUAUUUCAAAAUGUAAAUAGAAUUUUAAUGAUUUAAGAAGGCAAUAAACGGUUUUUAAUUAA